UUUAGGGUUUUGACGAUGUCAGUUGUUACAGGCAUUGCUGAGGCAGGGUCCUCAUCUCAUGCACGGGCUCGAUACUUCCGUUCCAUGCUAAGAUUUCGACUGCGGAACCCUGUCUUAGACUUAUCGUAGAAGCACCUGUGCGGUGUUCUGUCGGUGAAGAUUGCUGGGAGGAAGACGAGGAUUUUUGAGUCCAUUUGCAGCUGUGUUCAGUUGGGAAAGGGGCGUUGAAGAGACAGAGGAGAGAACCUUAGCUGUGUUGUGCAUUUAUGGUGAUAGAAGGCUACAUUUUCAGAGGAACUCCGCUGUCGCUGAUUGUGUAGUUUGUCAUAAUGGCGAGCCACUCACAGCCGAGGGCUCCUGGACAGGAUAAGAAGAAGCGAAAAGAUGCAGGGGCUGAGAAACAUGUACUUAGCUUGGCUGAUCAGAUGGAGCAGAGCCAUGAGGCUUUGCCACCAAAGCGCAGGCAUCCGAGAAAUCGUAAUCGCCAGCAAGCUACCGAUGAGUAUGUGACUCCAGUGAUGAGUAAUAAAAUUCUCAGUGAAGCAAGGAUGCAGCAAUUGGAAAUUGAUAACGAGAGGGAUGAAGAGACAGGUGUUGCAGCUACAAGAAGAGCUUUCACUGCUGCUAUUCCCGAUCAAAGGAUGGACAGUGACAGUGACGACGACGAUGGGUUCUCUGAUGGGGAAGAACAAACUGAAGAAUUCGAGGAAGUAACAGAAGAAGAUGAAAGAAUUAUGUCAAUGUUUAUGGCUUCUGAUACAGCUCCACAACUAACAUUAGCGGAUAUUAUUAUGGAGCGGAUUAACAAUAAGGGUGGGGAUGAAACGGUUGCUGCCGAAGUGGAAGGUGAAGGUCGAACGAUACCGGGCGUAGAUUGCAAAAUUAUAGAGGUUUAUCAGGGGGUGGGCAAGUUGCUCAGUAGAUAUCGGGCGGGCAAGUUACCUAAAGCUUUUAAAAUUAUUCCUUCACUUUCCAAUUGGGAGGACGUGCUAUUUUUAACAGAGCCCGAGAGAUGGUCUCCAAAUGCUAUGUAUCAGGUCACUAGAGUUUUUGCCUCCAACUUGAAUGCACGUAUGGCCCAGCGCUUCUAUAAUUUGGUCCUCCUACCAAGAAUCCGAAACGACAUAAGGGAGCACAAGAGACUUCACUUUGCUCUUUACCAAGCUAUGAAGAAGGCUGUCUACAAACCUUCAGCAUUUUAUAAAGGCCUUCUGCUUCCCCUCUGCCAGUCCAGAACAUGCAACCUGCGGGAGGCUGUUAUUGUUGGGAGCGUGCUUCAAAAGGUCUCAAUCCCUGUUUUACAUUCUAGUGUCGCACUACUGAAAAUUGCUGAGAUGGAGUAUUGUGGCACAAACAGUUAUUUCUUGAAGCUUUUAUUGGACAAGAAAUAUGCUCUGCCGUACAGAGUCCUGGAUGCAGUUUUGUCUCAUUUUGUGAGGUUUAUUGAGGAUGAUCGUGAUCUUCCCGUUAUUUGGCACCAAUCUCUGCUCACGUUUGUUCAAAGGUAUAAGAAUGAGCUGAGCGAGGAAGACAAGGAGAGGCUAAAGCAGUUAACGCGGAGACAAAAGCAUUAUCAGGUGACACCGGAGAUUCACAGAGAGUUGCUCAACAGUAGAAACCGUGGUCAGAAAGACCAUAAUGUGUCAAUUUUCCCUAUGAAAGUUGAAAAAGCAGUUCUGAAAGAAGAUAUGUGGAAUCUUCCAGAAGUCCAGAUCAGUAUGGAUGAAGAUUGAUGCUAAGUCAAUUGUUCAAUAUCCGAGCUAAUUAAGUAGCGACUGUUUGAGCAUUCUCAAGUAUGACAAUCAUAAAGUGAGUUAGCUGGUUAAUGGCCAGUUAAUAUUUUCGCUUUUCAAUGUUUUUCCCACUAGAAGGUGGAGGGCACAUCCUAAAUGCGUGUUCUUGGGGCAAACAUCGUUGCAUGCAAAUUAUGAGGAUCGUUCAUUUUUCAUUUCGCUUCGGCUAAUGUCGAGAUCAAGCGUUCGUGACCUAAAGAUUCUGAUCUGCUUUACACUGCAUGGCAGAUCCAAAUGUACUGCUUUGUCCAGCAUCUACUCUUAAAAGUUUAUACUGCAAUGUAUUAUGAAGUAGUCAAGGA